CUCAGACAUGAUGAAUAAUACCUCUCAGAAUGUAAAACUUUAACCUUUAAUUACUGCCUAUAGCAAAACAUUCCUUUAAGUUUCGUUAGUAUUCGUCCAUGAUUUUUAUAGGGAUGUGUUUAUGAAUUUAGAGUUUUUGGACAAAUUAUAUCUUACAAUCUUUAAUUCCAAAUAAAUCAUGAAAACAGCAAUUGCAUCAUGUUGUCUUGUAAUGAUCACUGUUAUGCUAGGUGUUCGUGGAUAUCCGACUGGAGCGCCCCCUGAGGGAUGCAGUACAAUGCUACCUGGACAUGGGGUACCAGCACAAACCGGAACCACCAAUCCGUACAAAAUAUUGACGGACAAAUCUACUUUUAGCUGUCCGGGAGACUCGAUUACAGUAAGCGUGAGUGGAAACAGCUUGCGUGGCUUCCUGUGCCAGCCGAUACCAAACACUGGAGAACUUGAACAGAACCCACGUGAUCCAGUACAAAAACAGAACAAAUGCGGUCAAAUGGCGUCACUCACUCAUGUUGACAACACCAUCAAAUCCAGCAUAUCAUUCUUCUGGAAACCAGAGACAACUCAGUCCGUCAAUAUUGUAUGUACCGUUGUCCAGUCGAAGCUAAUGUUUUGGGUGAACGUAUCUUCCACAACAUUGAGAUAUGUAAAAGGCAACUGCCAACGCCCUACCCCAGGACAAGAGAUACCAGAACACGGCGGAAGUGAUGCAGGAAAACGAGGCGGUGAAGUCAUAGACAGCGUUGAGAGGGUUUCCGCGGAUACGGGUUUAGACCGCACCCCCGACGCAGGAACAAAUAUGGUUGAUUCUAGAAGAGACCAACUCCCUGACACAAGUAUGGACAAUAGAUUAGAUAUUGGCGUAAAAGAUAGAGACGCCAUUAAUGAUCCGGAUGCUCCUGGCAGGGAUUUGACAGAUACUAAAGAUCGAGACGGCAAAAAUGUGGGUCACAGGUCUUCGGGAAUGAUUGCCCUUGUUGUUCUUCUGGUUCUAAGUAAUAUGGUCUGGUAGAUACAAUAACAGCAUACAAUAUUUCAUCUCAAAUUUACCGUCGGGUGGGGGUGAGGGUUAUAAUUUGAAUGUUUCUUUUUUAAUAAAGAACAAAUGAAAAAAAGAAAAGAAACUACUACUUUAGGAGAAAUUGUUUUCCCGACUGGGGAACCGACGAGAAUUAACUUAAAAUAAUGAAUCUUCAAUUUCUGUCAAAAAGGGUGUUGUACGACAACCUAACUGACUUUGUUAAAUUCUUGUUUUAGUUAAAGGAAAGAAUGUAGGGAAUAUGCAUGUUAUAUUUAUUGUUUACAUCUGCUCAGCCGAAUUUUCGCUUUUGAACUAUUGCUUAAGGCAGGUUUUUGUUUAAGAGAGGUUGGCUGACUAACGGCUAAGUAUAAGUGGCUGGUUAAUAAGGAUUACCCUUAGGACAGGUUCAGCGGUAUUUGCAAUUUGUUCACAUCAAGGAGGAGAGGUUGUCUAGAGAAACACAUUCAAUAACUAAAGAUACGUUUGUCAGACACGUAUUUUUAACAAGAAAAUUCGUGUAUGUUUAUAUGCAAAAUAGACUGUUAACACUCAAAGUGGUGUUAUAAAUUUUACAAAUGCUGCAACCUCUCUAAAAAUGUCUUUUUUACCUUCAAUGAUCAAUGACCUACUAGUUUAAAAUUCACUUGAAGGGAGAUAACAAAUACAGUGUAUAAGAGAAACUAUAGUAAGAGUAGUCUUUUACAUGUAAAUUAUAAUAGCAUAGUAUAUAUAUAUAUAUAUAUAUAUAUAUAUAUGUGAAUUUGCUUUUGUGUGUUGAAAUGUUUUACAGCGGAUUGAUUAUUUUUCGUAAUUAUUUGUUUUUCGCUAACAUUUGCGAACAAAGCGAAACGGGAAUAUAUUAUUACUUUUUUUUUGCGACGGAAUAACCAGUUAAGAAUCGAGAAGGCACCCGUUGUCUAUCAUAUCAUGAAAUGAAAAUUACACGAAAUUUAUACAAUCUACUGUAAAUAUUAUUUUAAGUGUGUUAUGGUCACGGUAGUUUAAUAUAUGUGAUAUUUUAUGCGUACUUUCAGGAUGUGUAUUUGAACUUAUAAAUAAAUGUAUGUAUGCGAACUUAAACAAUGAAAUGUAUGUUUGGUUU